GGAGGCUGGCCCAGAGGCUCCCAGACCCACCUGUCAGAAGACACCCCCUCCCUCUUCACCCUGUCUCCUCUGCUCUCUUGAAAUCUUGAACUCCACCUUGGCCAGCCUGGACCAUGGCCCCCAACCUCACCGGCUACUACCGCUUUGUCUCACAGAAGAACUUGGAGGACUACUUAGAAGCUCUAAACAUCAGCAUGGCUCUGCGGAAGAUUGCGCUGCUGCUCAAGCCGGACAAGGAGAUUGACCAUCAGGGCAACCGCAUGACAGUGAAGACCCUCAGCACCUUCCGAAACUACAUUCUGGAAUUUGAGGUGGGAGUGGAGUUUGAGGAGGACCUGAGGAUCGUGGAUGGACGGAAGUGCCAGACCAUAGUCACCUGGGAAGAGGAGAAGCUGGUAUGUGUGCAGGAAGGGGAGGUCCCUAACCGGGGCUGGAAACACUGGCUGGAGGGAGAAACGUUGUAUCUGGAAAUGACGGCAAGGGACGCAGUGUGCCAGCAGGUCUUCAAGAAGGUCAAAUAGCCAGAGAGGAGCUGAGGCCCCCCCAGACCAUGGCGGUCCCCAGACUCCCCUUCAAGCCCAGAUGGUCCCAGGUCAGCAGUCCCUUUCUAAGGCCACUCACCCUCCCUCUGCACCCCCUCCCCCCCACCCCAUGUUAAUCUAUAACUUGCAGCCCCCAGGCCAAAGUCCUUUCUUUCUCACACUCCACUGCGCAAGAGUGACCUCAAAUGCAGUUCAAAGUCUGGCCUCCUAGAUGAGAGAAACAGGCAAAGGGGAAAGGGCCCUGAGUAUAGCGGAUCCCCACUCUCUUUCAUUCAUUUGGCCUCUUAUUUUCCCUCUAAGAAAUAACUCAGCUUUGAGCAUUGGAGCAUUAGUGGAAACCCUAUCCUGGAAAAAGUGUGACUGGAUUCAAGAAUUUAAGCAAGA